AUGGCUCUCACAAAAAUCUCUUUAGUCUUUCUCCUCUGCCUCUUAGGUUUCUACUCCAAAACCGUCAAGUCUCAGAACUGCGGUUGCGCCCCAAACUUUUGUUGCAGCCAGUUCGGUUAUUGCGGUACCACUGAUGCUUACUGCGGUGCCGGGUGCCGAUCAGGUCCUUGUAGAGGCAGUGGAACCCCUUCUGGUGGUGGAUCGGUCGGUAGCAUUGUGACACAAGGUUUCUUCAACAACAUUAUCAACCGGGCCGGUAAUGGCUGUGCCGGGAAAAGAUUCUACACCCGCAACUCUUUCAUCAACGCUGCUAAUACAUUCCCAAACUUUGCUAAUUCCGUAACUAGGCGUGAAAUUGCAACCAUGUUUGCUCAUUUCACUCACGAGACCGGACACUUCUGCUAUAUAGAAGAAAUAAACGGAGCGUCACGAGACUACUGCGACGAGAACAACAGGCAGUACCCAUGUUCACCGGGUAAAGGCUACUACGGUCGUGGACCAAUCCAACUAUCAUGGAACUACAAUUACGGACCAUGCGGCAGGAGUCUCGGCCUUAAUCUCCUAGGCCAGCCAGAACUAGUGGGUAGCAACCCAACUGUGGCUUUCAGGACAGGUCUCUGGUUUUGGAUGAAUAGUGUAAGACCGGUACUGAACCAAGGGUUUGGAGCGACCAUUAGAGCCAUCAACGGAAUGGAGUGUAACCGUGGGAAUCCGGAUGCCGUCAAUGCAAGGAUUAGGUACUAUAGAAACUACUGUCGACAGCUUGGUGUCGACCCUGGUCCUAACCUUGGCUGCUAAAAAACUCUUUGCACACUCAUGUAACGUGGCAACGUUGGUGUUAAUGUCAAAUAAUAAGUGUCUAAGUGAGAUGAUAAAGUUAAAUCUCACGUAUGUACUUUGCUUUGGGUUUUAAUGUUCUCUGCUUCACAAGCAAAUGUUGUUGUAAACUUGUAAUAAUCUUGUGAAAGUGAAAUAAGAUAUUAUGUCUUAUAUAAUAUUUUAAGAUUCUGUUAAAAACAAGUUGUGA